AUGACUGAAAGGUGUGACGAGGCUGUAGUCCACGGUUAUGGAUAUAAAAAGGUUGACAAGGGUGUCAAGCCUGUUCCAGGAAUACUGGCGGACGAGUUCCGGAUCAUGCGGCGUGUUCCCCGUGACCCCAUGCAGAACCUCCCAUCACUCCCCUUCCACCCACCAGACUUCAUCGGCAGAUCAUGUUAUAUGGAGGAACGAUGGCGGGACCUUAACAUCAACAGCGACGGGUUUCUCUGGGAGGAGGAGGUGAAGCUGUUCGAUCACAUCCUCUAUCUCCAUAAGCAAGCGUUCACCUGGGAUGAGUCCAAAAAAGGGAAAUUUAGCGAUGAAUAUUUCGAACCGAUCCGAAUUCCCUAUCAGCAGCAUGUCCCUUGGGCAUUGUGCAACAUUCCUAUUCCACUGGGAAUCCGCGAGCAAGUUAUUCAAGUCAUUCACGAUAAAAUCGCAUCAGGUGUAUACGAGCCAUCGAACUCAUCCUACCGAUCACGCUGGUUCUGCGUCCUGAAGAAGGAUGAGAAGUCGCUAUCACUGCCACAGAUUGAGGAUAUAGUGGAGGCGUUCGGUGAAUGCUCUUGCUAUGCGAGCUUCGACCUGUUCGUCGUGUUCGACCAAAGGACUCUUCACCCGGACUCCCGUGACCUAACGACCUUCCAGAGCCCGCUCGGAGCACUCCGCCUGACCACCAUUCCAAUGGGGUAUACCAACUCAGUCCAGAUCAUGCAUGGCGACGUGACCUUCAUUUUACAAGAUGAGAUACCACAUGUCACGAUUCCCUACAUCGACGACAUCCCUGUAAAGAAUGGGACAAUGCGAUACGAGAUGUCUGACGGAGGAUACGAAGUCAUCCCCCAGAACUCCGGAAUACAUCGCUUCAUCUGGGAGCAUGCAGAGAACGUCAACCACGUGAUUCAUCGUCUGGAGAUGGCUGGUGCGACGCUGUCGGGAAAGAAAUGUAUCAUUUGCGGACCGAAACUUGAAUACCUUGGCGGGUUGUACAACUAUGAAGGUCGGUGGCCUCUGCCAUCUCAUAUACAGAAGAUUGUCAACUGGCUGGCAUGCACAACUGUCACAGAGGUUUGCAGAUUUCUUGGGACCUGCGGUCUCAUUCGGGUCUUCAUCAAAGAUUAUGCGAAGAUGGCAUGA